UUUGAAGCCGGUAACAAAGUGGAUUUUCUGUUUUACAAGCAGUGUUUAUAGAUAGCGUGGUCGGUAUCGACGUGUUACAUUAAGAAUUAAAAUGGCGGUUGCAUUAAAUAAAGGGAUCUUCAUAGUAGCGGCGAAACGUACGCCUUUCGGCAAAUACGGAGGUGCCUUCAGAGACGUGUUCCCAGCAGACCUGCUGGCUGUGGCCGCUAAGGAUGCACUGAAAGCCGGCAAUGUAGCCGCCGAAGUUGUUGAUACCGUCAACAUCGGACAGGUUUAUGGGGUGAGUGGUUCAUCAGAUGGUGGUCUAGCGCCCCGACACGCCUCCAUCAAGUCUGGCAUCCCUAUUGAUAAGCCAGCUCUGGGUGUCAACAGACUCUGCGGCUCCGGCUUCCAAGCUGUUAUCAACAGUGCUCAGGACAUCUUAACUGGAGCUGCCCAAGUUUCUCUAGCUGGUGGCACAGAGAACAUGUCGGCAGUGCCCUACGUUGUCAGAAACGCUCGCUUUGGAGUACCCUUAGGUGUCAAAGUGCCUUUCGAAGAUGUCUUGACUUCGUCUUCCUUGGACACUUUCUGCAACUUCACAAUGCCACAGACUGCUGAGAACUUGGCCGAGAAAUAUGGACUCCAGAGGCAGGAGGUCGAUCAAUACGCACUGCAAUCCCAGCAAAGAUGGAAAGCAGCUCACGACCAGGGUGUGUUUAAGUCGGAAAUGUCCCCGGUCACGGUGAAGGUCAAGAAGCAGGAGAAGGUGGUAGAGGUGGACGAGCACCCGCGCCCCGAUACCAACAGCGACAUGCUGAGCAAGCUGCCCGUGCUGUUCCGGAAGGGAGGCGUCGUCACUGCAGGAAACUCUUCCGGUGUUAACGACGGCGCUGGAGCUAUUAUCCUGGCGACUGAAGAGGCAGUAAAGCAGCACAACCUGACUCCACUGGUGCGUCUGCUCGGCUGGUCGUUCGUGGGUGUGGACCCCGCCGUCAUGGGCAUCGGACCAGUGCCAGCAAUACAGUCCCUGCUGCAAGCCACGGGACUCAAGCUUGAUGAUAUUGAUAUGGUUGAGAUCAACGAAGCCUUCUCAGCUCAGACUUUAGCGUGCGCCAAGGAGCUAGGUUUGGACCAAAGCAAGUUGAACGUUAACGGUGGAGCUAUCGCUAUGGGCCACCCAGUGGGCGCGUCUGGGGCUAGGAUCACUGCACAUCUCGCUCAUGAACUCAGACGCCGUGGACUGAAGAGAGGCAUUGGAUCAGCUUGCAUCGGAGGAGGACAAGGAAUCGCUCUCCUUCUCGAGACUGUUUAAAUCUUUCAUAUACUAUUAAAAUGCAAGACUGUAAACACAUGACGUAAAAUAACAACAUUUUCGUCUGAUUGUAUUUAUUUUUUAACAAAUCACUUGUAAAUAAUUGUGAAUAUUA